AAAGAAAGAAAAAAAAAUCUAAAAACUCAACCGUCGUUUUUGUGUAAUUUGUUUAAUUUUCUAUUUUAAUUAUUUUAUAUCAAUUUAAAAGUAUUUCCUUAUUUGAUAUACAAUUUAUUUUAUAAUUCAUGAAAUGUCUGUAAACAUUAUUGUAAAUGGAAAAUAUAAAAAGACUUCUUGUGAACGAAAUGAUUUGCUCAACGAUCCCGAACGAGUUAAAAAAGAAAACGAAAAUGAACGUAGAAAAAUGCGUAUACAACAGGUUCGUGAUGUUUCCAAAAAUAUUGCCAAAAAGAUGAGAACAAAUUUAGAAUUGGAAAAGGAAAAACAAUUGAAAAAAAUCGAACAAAUCAAAGCCCAAGAAAUGGAAAUGUGGCGCCAGAAUGUUUUAGCUCAGAAAGAAAAAGACUUUCGAUCGUCAAUUUUUCAAAUUGGCACAGCACAUCGUGCUGCUCAAUUAGAAAAUACAAACAAAAAUAAAAAGAAAGUAACAAAGUCCAAAAAAGCUUUUAAUCAUUCAAAACAAACUGCGUCCACUUCGAAAAGUGUGGAUAAGGAAAAUCUUUUAAAAAAUGCAAAUGUUCAAACUGAUAUAACUGGUAAAUGCUAUCCAAAACCAAAACAGGGUCUUAAGACGAAAAAUAACAUCAAUUUUGAAAGUAAAUCUAAAUCGACUGCUUUGAAUACAAGUUCAAAGUGGGACGAUAGUAAUUCUAUGAAUUCGUCUUCUGAAGACUCUUCAGAAAGUAGCUUAUUAUCACUAUCAGAUUCUGAAGAUGUUUCCAAAUGUGAGGAAGCAAAUAAGAAAUCUGUUUCAGUUUUGUUAGAAGAAAAAGAAGAAGAAGAAAGUGAUUCUUCCUUAAUUGAUACUUCAAAUGUUUAUAAACAUUCCAAAGUUGGAUCAAAUAAACAUUCCAAUAGAAUUGUUUCCAAAAUCACUCCAAAACCACUUAAGUCUAAGCCAAUUAAUAAGGAAGAAGAAGAAGCCAAGUCAAUCACUUCGACGACAAAACCACGUUUUACACAAAUAAGUGAUAUAAUUCGUCAGCAAAAGUCUUCUUCUGAUACUAUACAACAACCAACAGCAACAACAUCGAGAUUCCAUAAAUCACCCAUUAAAUCUCCAUCUUCACACUUGCAUAAAUCUCUAACAGAAGGUUUAUCUAAAUCUCCUGGCAACUCACGACCAGUUAGUACACAUACGACAACUGGAACACAAGCUUCGAAAAAUAGUUCAAGUCGAAGUACCAAUACUAGAGUACAGUUUUAUGAUUAUAAUAAUAAAUUCCAGAAGCAAUAUGAUCAACCAAAUGCUGUAGUUGAAGUACACGAAUCAGAGACGGAUUUGAAUGCAAUGGAAAGAGCGGCAAUAGAAGUUAAAUUGCGAGAAUCGAGAGAAGCUGAAAUGAAUAAAUUAAGACAAAAAUCAUCUGAAAGAUGCCAAAAAGCAAUCGAAAGAGAACAAGUCCGUCGAGCUUGUGAAGAAUUGUCUGCUAAAUUAGAUGCUCUAACCAAACAACGUCAAGUUCUUCCUUCGGAUAACCAACAUUUUGCUUCCCAUCGAUUACAACAAGUCACUAAAGAAAAAGAAACUAAGCUCAAUAACGCCGUGGAAGAUAUCCUUAAAAGGCCGGCGAUUAUAACUUGUCCAGUAAUAGAUCGUACAAGACCUGAAAGGCUGGAGUCUACACUUCUUCAACCAAGAAAUCAAAUGAAUGGCUUAAACGUAAAUUCAGCAUUUACACAAAACGGCAGCAAUUCUUUGAAUUCAUCUGAUAGUUGUCAUUCCAUAUUAUUGGGUUAUGUUGAUGAUAGAAGUAAAAAAAUCGCUGAUGACAUUCAAAAAUUUAAAACACAAAACCAAGAAACAGAUAAUGCUAAAGCCGGAAAGUUACAAAAUCUUUUAAAUAGAAUUAACAAACUACGUGAAAACCUUAUGAAUGAACUGGAAAAAUGUUCAAUUGAUCAAACUUCUGACAAAGACCAUGUCCAAACUAUGAUGGAUUCCAUUUCAAAUUUUAGAAAAGAACAUGAACAUAUUUUAAUCGAUGAUAGCGCAAUUGAUUCAAUUAAAAAACGUGAAAAUGAUUUAAAAAAGAAAGAAGCUGUUUUAGAAAAGAAAGUUAAAGAAUUUUAUGAAAUACACAAAGCUGCAAAAAGACAGGAGCAACAUCUCAAAACUGUUCAAGAACAAAGUAAUAAAACCACACAAAAAUCACAGGAUCCAAUUGAACAAAAACAAUUUGAAGAACCGACAAAAUUAAAAAAAUCCCCUAAUAAAAUUAUUGAAAAACAUAUAACUAAUGAUCAAGUUAGUUCUAAAUAUCAAAAAAAUUGUGACAAGGAGAAAGAACCUCAUGAAAAACAAUCUAAACAGGACAAGCAAUUACCACGAAAAGAGAGAAUCCGAGUUAUCGAACAAAUAGAAUCUUCAAGUUCAGAAGACGAAUUCGAAGAUGAACGAGAGCUUAUAGUAGACCAGAAGCCAGUUAAAAUUGUUAUUAAAGUUAAAGGUGAUAGUAAAACAAAAAGAGCUAAAAAAUUACCUUCGAAAAGUCCAAGAAAACUAUCCACAUUAAUUCAAAGUCCAGCUCUAAAAAAAACUCGUCCAAAAAUUUCAACAGUUCGAUCGGUCGAUUCAAAUUCAACUUCUUAUCGUAGUCUUCCGAGUAAAAUUAACAACAAUGUUGAUAAAAUUUUAAAAAACAUUCCAAGUACUUCGAAAAAGCAGGUCAUAGAAAAUCACUCAGAAACACUUAGUGAAGAUGAAAAUAUAAAAUUUAAAAAAAAAUCUUCCAACCUUAAUCCACUUAUGGCGCAUUAUGUGCAACGAUUGCUUGGCAUGUCAAGAACUUCUAUCAACGCACUUGGAGUUUCUAGCUCGGAAAUUGAUACCCCAUCAAAUUCCAUUAUAAACACCACAGCAAAUUUAUCGGCUGCAGAAACAGAAAAAUUGGCAUCUAGUCGGUUGGAAAAUGUAGAAAAAUUUAUUGUAGAUAAUUAUAGUUUCAUUGGAGAAUUGGAAGAAUCUCUCCGUCAAUCCAAUUCCACUGAUUCAAGUCUAAAAACAGUAGAAGUUGCUUGGAAAAAAGCACUCAAAGAAGAACAAAAUAAAAAGAAAGACCCCCCUACGGAGAAGAAAAAGCCAUCUCUUAAAAAUUCAUCAAAAAAACCAAAACCUCCAAUAAACAAAGUAAAAGAGCCAAUUUCACUUGUUGAUAAAUCAACUCAAAUGACUGACACAUGCACUCAAAGAAUUGCCGAACUUACCGAGAUGAUCAACAAAGUUCGAAAAGAAAAACAAAAAAUUCUUGAGACUACACUUUCCUCUGCCAGUGAAAAUGGCCGAAAUUCUACAGAAUAUUUAGAUUUACCAGCAGACCGUCGCAAUAACAGUGACGAAAGUACUAGUAGAAUUCUUGACUCACAAUUGGUUAAAUCUAUAGACAAUUUACCUACACAAUCCUCCGAGAUGGCUCCACCUCCUCUACUUCUUCAGAAAGACAAACUCACAGGAAUGAGUCGAGAUAGUGGAAUUUCGUUGUCUAGGCCUAUUACAGUUCAAGAAACACGUGAAAGUCCUAUUGAUGACAUGCGUCAAAUGCAAUCUUCCACGGAAUCACUUUCGGUACAGUUUAAAAAGCCUAGACCUCCUAUUUCUAUAACUCGUUAUAGUCCACAACUUCCCGAAGACGUACCCCACGAACUAUCAACUAUUUUUGAAAUAGACACGCCAGCAACAUCUAGACUUAAUACAUCAGUUAACAACAACGCUCCCGGUAUUCAAGACCCCGAAGCUCAAAUCAACAGCCAUAAAGUUGAUCAAAUCCCAUACAAAAAGUUUCCUACCUUUGAACAUUACGCCAAAAUUAAUAAUUUAGACAUGACUCAAUUUGAUCCAGAGUUCACUUUGCAAUUUGAAAAAGAAUUCAAUGAAUUUAUAAAUCUUGCCAAAGAGGGUAUGAAUGUUAAUUAUGAAGAAUUCACUUCAUUUAGUAAAUAUCUCGCAAAAUCUUCAUCUAGCGAAAAUAAAGAAGCUGCAGAAGAACUUUUGGCAUCAUUGAAACUAGCAAAUCUUUCUUUUAAAAAAUUUCCAACACGAAAAGAAUAUUUAGAUAAAAUGGGAAUUUCUAAUUCGGAUCUAUUAGAUUCGCAAAGUUUGGAUAAUAUUGAAAAAAGUAAAAAUUCAGAUAGUUCCUCUUCAUCUACAUCAUUGAUAAAUAUUGAAAAUGAACUAAAACUGCGAAAUAUUAUAACAAAACCUUUUCAACAUCAUUUUACAGAAAAUAAAGAAUAUAAAGGAUCAAGUUCAAUGGGUAGUUCUUCAACUAAUUUGCAGAAUAAUCAUGAAGCUGAAAUUUCAGGUAUAAUACAAUUUACUGCAGGUUCAACAUCAACGGACGAGAAAUCAGUUAACCUGGAGGAAGAUUUAAAAAAGAUUGGAAUUAAAUGGCCUAGUGCGAUGAAAAAGAAAACAUUGGAAUCGCAAGCUCUUAGUAGUAGUACUUCGUCUAAUAUAGAGCAAUCUACAUUAACGUCGAGGAGAAAAAAUAAUAAUGCUAACCAAGUCUUAGAAAAAAGUCUUCAAAAGGGAAACCAAACAGCUCAUAACACAACAGCCCAAACUGAAGAUGGUGGACAGCAAUUAAAUUUGCGGGAUUUUCUUAAAAAAGAACUCCUUAAACGAACUGCUACCUCGUCAUCUUUUUCUUUCAGUGAUGAUUCAGUAGCGAGUUCUAUUUUGCGAUCUAUUCUCGGUUCAAUCACACCAUCCGGAGGGCAAAAGCAGUCAAAUGAUGCUGCAGUUCCUACUCUAGAUCGACAUAAAACAUCGACUCCGAUGGCUUCGCAAUCACUUUCAUCUGCGAAAAUUGGUAGUAAGUCACAAGGAGGUACUUCAUCAGUACAAUUGUUUUCAGGCGAGAGUCGCCUUUCAUCGGUUCACUUUAUAAACAGUUCCUACGAUGUGAAUAAUACUGCAGUCAAAAAUAGUUGAUUAUAGAAGAAAAAUUAAUAAUAGAUGUAAUUUAUUUUUGUUUUAUUUGAAAUAUUGACGACACGGAUGCAAUCUAAAUAGUAUUUUCUGUGCUAUCUGUGAAUAUAUUUAGUAUUUAUUUUUAAUUAAUAUGUAAUUGUUAAAAUAUUUUUGAUUAUUCAUUUACAAAUAUUAUUUUUGAUUAAUUAAAA